GUUGAACACGCAGAACGAAACUCCAGCUCCUGCUGUGGAUCUUGAAGUGUUUGUGUCGGUGGAUAACAGGAGGAAAAGCGCCUCCAUGGACAACGCGGGCGUAACACGCACCUGCGGCCUGUGCCACAAAAAGGUUGCAGAGGCCAACUUCGCUCUGCACGAGACGCACUGCAGUCGCUUCUUAUGUCUCUGUCCUGACUGUGAUGAGGCAGUUCCUCGACAGCAACUGAACCAACACAGAGAGGAAGAGCACACUCCGACGAGAUGCCCCAAGUGUAACCAAAAGAUGGAGCGUUGUCGCCUCAAGGAUCACGAGUCUGAUGAGUGUGUUGAGCGCCUGCAGGCCUGUCAGUUCUGUGAUCUGGAGUUGCCGUGGAAGCAGCUGGAAGAACAUUGUCUGGCGUGUGGGAGUCGCACCGAGCUCUGCUUGGACUGCAGCCGCUACGUCAGACUGAGGGACCAGCCAGAGCACGCCUUGACCUGCCCGGCUGCUGACAAUGAUGCAAGUCCUCCUCAAACGGCCAGCACUCCAACAAACAUGAUAACAUUUACCUGCAGCGGAUGCAUGGGAUUUUUUUCUGCUGAGGACAUAGGGAAACAUGAGCUAGCGUGUGUCUCAGCGUCCGGGUGGGACUACUCUGGAAUGGAAAAGAAGAAGCAUCAAAAGGAGGAAGAGAGGGAGGAUGAUGAGGAUAAAGAUGAGGAAGAGGAGUUCCCUGGGCAGGUGACCAUUCCUCAGCUAAGCAGCAUCUAUAAGGCGGCCUCCCUGUCAAACACACCCCACAAUGGUACCUUGGGUGAAGGAGAUCAAGACCAGAUCAAGAUCUGUCCCCACUGUCAUCUGGCCCUGCCUCUCUUAAUACUGCGCAGGCAUCAGGCAAAGUGCCAUAUCUACUAUCACCUGAAAUAAAGAGGGAAGAAGAAAUGGAUGUGCUGCCUCCGACAUCUUUGAUCAAUAUGUCAGUAGCAAAAGAUUGUUUGUAUUGUUGAAAUGUAAAUUUAUGAAUGGGCUACAUUUGAUGUAUUUAUGUGUAAAUCAAUCAAUAAAGGAUUACAUUUAGUUUUUAUUUUAGUUGACCUUUAGCUUUAUUUAGAGACUGCAUUGAGAGAUGGUUCAGAAUGGAAUGAUCUGAACUUCACACUGUGGAGAGUAUUUUCUGUUAAAUGCAAAUACAGCUGAUGAUCUGUAAAGCUAACUGCCUCUGUCCAAACCACUAACUAAAAUGUUUUGAGCUAGAAACAAUGACUCAAGUUGAGUCAUUGUGUUUGAGGUCCACCUCUUAGUAGUAUUCAUGUCAUUUAGAAUAAGAGGCAUCUGAUUAAGCUUCUCUAGCUGAAGUUAUUGGCAUAAUGUUUUAUGAUUUGAGGUUACAUUGUAAACCUCUGCCAAGAAGGUUAUGUUUUUGUCUGCAUUUGUUUGUCUAGCUGUUAGUUUGUAGGAUCACACAAAAACUACAUGAAACUUGGUGGAGGGACGGGUUAUGGGACGAGGAAGAACUCAUUCAAUUCUGGGGCUCUGGGAUCCAGGAACGUUUGUUUUUACUUAAUUUUAUUAUUGUGGAAAUCUUUUAACAUUUUCUUUGAUUUCAAGGAUAAUAGUUUAUGAAUCAUGAUACAAAGAAUCAGACAUAUUUAAUAGACUGAUAUUUACGAGUGAUCCCUUUGAAAAGUUGUUUUUGUUAUUAUUAUUAUCAUUAUGACAAAAUUAAAAUCAUUUACAAACAAA